GCCGCCCGCUCCCGGCCCGCCCCCUAUGGGCCCCGGUUAGAGGUGCCGCCGCCGCCGGCCCGCGGAGCCCCGAUGCUGGCCCGGAGGAAGCCGGUGCUGCCGGCGCUCACUAUCAACCCCGCCAUCGCCGAGGGCCCGUCCCCCACCAGCGAGGGCGCCUCCGAAGCAAACUUGGUGGACCUCCAGAAGAAGCUAGCGGAGCUAGAACUCGACGAGCAGCAGAAGAAGCGACUGGAAGCCUUCCUCACCCAGAAGGCCAAGGUCGGGGAACUCAAGGACGAUGACUUUGAAAGAAUCUCGGAGCUGGGAGCCGGGAACGGUGGGGUGGUCACCAAGGUCCAGCACAGACCUUCCGGCCUCAUCAUGGCGAGAAAGCUAAUCCACCUGGAAAUCAAGCCGGCCAUCCGGAACCAGAUCAUCCGUGAGCUGCAGGUGCUGCACGAGUGUAACUCUCCGUACAUCGUGGGCUUCUACGGGGCCUUCUACAGCGACGGUGAGAUCAGCAUCUGCAUGGAGCACAUGGAUGGCGGUUCUCUGGAUCAGGUGUUAAAAGAAGCCAAGAGAAUUCCCGAGGAGAUCUUGGGGAAGGUCAGCAUUGCGGUUCUUCGGGGUUUGGCGUAUCUCCGGGAAAAGCACCAGAUCAUGCACCGAGACGUGAAACCUUCCAACAUCCUCGUCAACUCCCGAGGGGAGAUUAAGCUGUGCGAUUUUGGGGUGAGCGGGCAGCUCAUCGACUCCAUGGCCAACUCCUUUGUGGGAACUCGGUCCUACAUGUCUCCAGAGCGGCUGCAGGGCACGCACUACUCGGUGCAGUCGGACAUCUGGAGCAUGGGCCUGUCCCUGGUGGAGCUGUCCAUCGGAAGGUACCCCAUCCCCCCACCAGAUGCCAAGGAGCUAGAGGCCAUAUUUGGCCGGCCCGUGGUGGACGGGGCAGAAGGAGAGCCUCACAGCAUCUCGCCACGGCCGAAACCCCCUGGACGCCCCGUCAGCGGUCACGGGACGGACAGCCGGCCAGCCAUGGCCAUCUUCGAGCUGCUGGACUAUAUUGUGAACGAGCCACCUCCCAAGUUGCCCAGCGGUGUCUUCACCCAGGACUUCCAGGAGUUUGUAAAUAAAUGCCUAAUAAAGAACCCAGCAGAGCGAGCGGAUCUGAAGAUGCUCAUGAGCCACACCUUCAUCAAGCGGUCCGAGGUGGAAGAAGUGGAUUUUGCCGGCUGGUUGUGUAAAACGCUGCGGCUGAACCAGCCCAGCACACCCACGCGCACCGCCGUGUGAUGGGGUCCCAUGGGCGACCUGCCCGCCGUCCCACCCGUGCCCCGCCCCUCCUGCCCAGGACAGGCCAGGGCCUCCUCUCCCCCGGCCCGGCCCGCCUCUCCCUCCGCCUUCCGCGGAGCUGCCCGCACACCCCGCAGUGGACAUUGAGCCUCCGGUCCCCGGGGAGGGUGACGCUGCUCGCGGUGUCUUGGACCUGCUUCUUAGGUUUAAAACAAAACAGGGAAAGAAAAAGCAAACUGUGCCCGUUGUACUUCCUGUUCUGUUUGUUCAGUGGGGGGGUGGGCUGGCAGUCCCAGCCCUGAGCCCACCGCCCACCUGGGGCAGAGCGGUGGGGUAGGGGGGACACCAGGAACUGGGGAUGCAGCCUCAGGGAACCUCUAGACCUUGGUGUCUUUCACCAAAAGAAAGGGAGGUGCCGCCGCCCCACGCUCCUAUGUCGUCCCUCGCAUGACGCCCGACAUUCACCCCUGGAGGUGGUCCCCAGGGCCCACUGGUGGUCAUGGGGUCCACUCCCUCCCUCCCUCUUGUCAUGCCGCUGACCUGCCUGUGCUCAGCAGCCUGUGACCUACCCCCAGGAGGGACCUGCUCACCCCUUCCUGUGCUGCAGGGGACAGACACUUCUAACUCUUGGUGGCAGUUGCUGAGCUGACACUUGGCAGAAAGGGAGCAGUGGGCUUCCAGGCUGUCGGUGUGGUCGAAAAGCCCCGCAGAUCCAGCAGAUGGGCCUGUGCUGUCCCCACGCCUGCGGGCUGGCAGAUGCAGGCAGGUGGCUCUUCAUGUCAACUCUGCUCCCCCAGAGAAUCGGAAGUGACUGCCCAAGGUGCAUCCCUCAGGCCCUCUGGCAGGUCAGCACCAGCUGCUGGGAAAGGAAACGGUGAGGGUGAGGUGGUCCCAGUUCCUGUGUCCAUCUGGAUGUGCACGUGCCCCAGGACCCAAGGCCGGGCCGCCUCUGAGGCUUCCCUGCCAGCUCUGAAGAUGGCGGGGCUGUGAGCGCCCCCUGGACGCUGCGGCGGGUCGCGGGACUCGGCUGCUCUGCGGGCACGGCAGGCGGCCAGCCCUGGGUUUCUGGAGGCCGCCCUCCCAGUCUCCUGUGCUUUUUCCUGUGGACGCCAAAGAGGAGACGAGUUGCUGGCUCCUUCCACCGGCUUUCUGGGUUUCCACCACUUCCUAGUCCCCAAAGUCUCACCUAUUGAGAAGAGAAUAAAGCAGAUACCCCGAAA